GGAGAAGCCCCGCCCCCUGCGGGAGCGGAAGUAGGUCAGGAAGGCGUACCCUCUAUCUAUGAGGUCAUUUCCGGACUCUGGAACGCUUCAAGAUGGCGGCCGCCUUGUUGAGACACGUGGGUCAGCGUUGCCUGUGGACUCGGCUUGGCCCCAGCCUUUCUGUGCGACAUGUGGUCCCCAUGGGAACGGCAGCAAAGGAGGAGAUGGCUCAAGUUUGGGAUAAAAACGUCCAGUCGAACCGUCCCAUGUCGCCUCAUAUCACCAUCUACAAGUGGUCUCUGCCCAUGAUGAUGUCUAUCACCCACCGUGGCACUGGCAUUGCAUUGAGUGCAGGAGUCUCUCUCUUUGGCAUGGCUGCCUUAAUUCUCCCAGAACAGUUCCCCUAUUACCUGGAAUUUGUGAAGUCGCUCAGCCUGGGGCCUGCUCUUAUCUACUCGGCUAAGUUUGCUUUGGCUUUUCCCCUUACCUACCACACCUGGAAUGGAAUCCGACACCUUAUGUGGGACAUGGGGAAAGGGUUCAAGAUUCCCCAAGUCUAUCAGUCUGGAGUCCUGGUCCUGGUCCUGACUCUGCUUUCCUCUGCUGGACUCGCUGCCAUGUGACGGUGCCUCCCUGGUGAAGCCCUGCUUUCUUCUACAAGGAUUUGGUUCAUCUGGUGAUCCGGUCCAGACAGAGCUCUGUGUGUGUGUGAGGGGAGGGCAGAAGGAACAAGGGACUAGAGACUCCUAGGUAACUAAAUUGUUGGGGGCAAGAUGGUGCUUUCCCCUCUCUUAGGGCAUGUGAAUGAUCAGAGUUUUAUUACUAGCCCUGAGUGCUGUCACUAGCCCAGUGAGAUCCCAGAACACCCUUCUAGACUGCCGGGGCAGGUGUCCCAGGCCAGGAUGUCCAAGGCUAUAGGUAGCCACAUGCAGCUGGUAACUGACAGCUGAUAAGCAGUUGAUUCUUAGCCACCUAGAACAUGCUCAGAGGAGUUGCCUUCCUUAAUUAUUGCUGUGCUUUCAAACUAACUCUGGUUGACUUGGUUUCUGCUCUGCCCUGAAGCUUGAGACAAUACUGGCACUGUGUGCCCCCUCACUGGGCCUGAGCCGGGCUGGGGGAGGAGAUGAGAGUGCCUCUAGCCUAGCGUAUGCAUGUAGGCUCAUUUAAAAGACAACUGUCCCCAUUGAUGCUGGCGCUGGUUCUAGAGCGGGCACAGACUGAGCCGCCGACGCCAGCGCCCGUGAUGCUUGCAAGGGGAAGAGGGAAUUAGAUGUUGUCCUGGGUAAAAUGCUGAACUGCUGGCAUCUGGCUUUCUGCUGCAGUCAGCAGCCUGUGGGCUUCACAGUGCGGAGAGGACAGCUUGUAGUGGGCCCAGUGCUUGGGGCUGGGCGUGUUGAAUUCAGAGUGCUCUGUGCAGCAGUUCGCAGCUCUUCCAGCAGAUGAAGGAUAAGCACCCGUAUAUUUUUGGAGUCUUCAAUCAAAUCUGUUUUUUUUCCUCUGAAAAUAAAUCUGUUCUUUGAACCUUU